UCUCUACAAAAGGAAAACCAAACUGCACAACAGAAAUCAUUACCUACUGAAACAGCCACCGGCCAUCUCUCUCACACACAGUGGGCAAAUAUGGGACACUUGUUAACACCGUCACCUCCAUCUUUUGCUACUGAAGCCACCUGAUCUCAGCUGCAACCACCACUGGCGACAUCACGUCCGGCAAGUAUCGAUGGAUCGCCAGCGAGGACGCAGGCCAAUGUUACGAGUACUUUCUCUCACUACUCUCUCUCAGGAUGCUCUGACGUUUGCUGCUCUCUUGCUGAACAGAUUUCAAGUUCACAGAAAACAGCUCCAAGGACGUAUCUUUCCACGGGCACUGAAUGAUUUGCAAAGUGACUUGGGAGUUGGAGUAAAAGUUAGUUCAUCAUCACGCGAGUUCAGAGCGAAAUUUAGAGUAGUGGCUCUGGUUAUUUUUUCUAUAUGGAUUGUUCUUGCUGCUUUGUAUGCUUUGAUAAAACCAAUUUCAAAUGGUUGUUCCAUGACAUACAUGUAUCCUACAUACAUCCGAGUCUCCUCACCUGAAAAUGCAUCAUCGACAAAGUAUGGGCUAUAUUUGUACCAUGAAGGAUGGAGGAAGAUUGAUUUUAAUGAGCACCUUAAGAAGCUUAGUGGUGUUCCUGUUCUUUUCAUUCCUGGCAAUGCUGGUAGCUAUAAACAGGUACGAUCCUUAGCAGCAGAAUCUGAUCGGGCAUAUGGAAGAGGCCCACUUGAAGAGAAAUUUUACCUAGAAGCUUCAUUAACUUUUGAAGAGGGUGGAGUAAAUUUUGACAUGGCGAGCCUACCAUUACCCAAACAAUACAGUUGCAUGCUAGACUGGUUUGCUGUGGAUCUUGAAGAUGAACAUUCUGCAAUGGAUGGUCGGAUUGUCGAGGAACAAACAGAAUAUGUAGUACAUGCCAUUCACAGGAUUUUAGAUCAAUAUAAAGAGUCUCAUGAAGUUCGAGUAAAAGAAGGUGCUGCCAUCUACAGGAAUCUUCCAAAAAGUGUGAUAUUGGUUGGUCACUCCAUGGGCGGUUUUGUUGCUAGAGCUGCCAUUCUCCAUCCUCAUUUAAGGAAGUCAGCAGUUGAAACUGUUCUUACGCUUUCAACACCACACCAAUCACCUCCUGUGGCAUUGCAGCCAUCACUGGGUCAUUAUUAUUCACAUGUAAAUCAGGAAUGGAGAAAGGGUUAUGAGGUACAACCCUCUCGAACUGGACAUUAUGUGUCUGAUCCUCUACUCUCUCCUGUUGUUGUUAUCUCCAUUUCUGGUGGUACUAAUGAUUACCAGGUACGUUCAAAGUUAGAAUCCCUUGAUGGUAUUGUGCCUCCUACCCAUGGAUUUAUGAUCAGUAGUACAAGCAUGAAGAAUGUGUGGUUGUCAAUGGAGCAUCAAGUUAUUUUGUGGUGUAAUCAACUAGUUGUUCAAGUGUCACACACUCUUCUUAAUUUAGUAGAUUCUGAAACAGGUCAACCAUUUUCUGAUCCACGAAAAAGACUUGCAAUAUUCACAAAAAUGCUUCAUAGCAGAUUGCCUCAGAGUUUUAACUGGUUAAGGCAAUCACAAUCAUCUCAGCAGUCAUCACAUCGUCCUAUUCUGGAUAGCCCUAUUCUGGAUAGCAGAGACGUAGCUGGAUCUCAAUUGCAAUCUUUGUUUGGUUGUCCCAGUAAUGUUCAUUGGAGCGAUGAUGGCCUUGGAAUGGACCUAUUCAUUGAGGAAGCCACUGUCACUAUUUUAGCAAUGGAUGGGAGGAGGCGGUGGUUGGAUAUUCAUAAACUGGGGUCAAAUGGAAAAAGCCACUUUGUAUUUGUCACAAAUCUUGCCCCAUGUUCUGGUGUUAGACUUCAUCUUUGGCCUGAAAGGGAAAUAUCCGCUUCAGACUUGCCUGUUAGUAGAAGGAUUGUGGAACUGACAUCAAAGAUGGUGCAUAUUCCGUCCGGACCAGCUCCGAAACAGAUUGAACCAGGUCAUCAGACUGAACAAGCGCCUUCUGCUGUAUUUUGGUUGAGUCCUGAGGAAAUGCGUGGUUUCAGAUUCUUGACCAUCUCAGUUGCCCCUAAUCUGACCGUUUCAGGCAGACCUCAACUGGCAGCUUCCAUGGCAAUUGGGCAGUUCCUUAAUCCAGAAGAAGGGAAGAAAGAGAUCUCUCCUCUAUUGCUGUUUCUCUCUACUUAUUCUCAAAAGGACAUGGUAUUGAAGGAGGAUCAUCCUCUUGCUUUCAAUCUUUCUUUCACUAUUAGCUUGGGCCUUUUCCCUGUUAAAUUGUCUCUGGAAAAUACAGGCUGUGGAAAAAUAAGGUCUGAGAUUCCAGUCGAAGUAGCUGAUGACCCAGAAAAUAGCCGAUUUUGCAAGCUGCACUGUUUUCCACCUGUUGCACUUGUUUGGGAUACUACCUCCGGAUUUCAUAUAUUCCCCAAUUUGUAUUCUAAGACAAUUGUGGUGGAUUCUUCACCAGCCCUUUGGAGUUCAAUUCAAGGAUCUGAGAGGACCACUGUUUUAUUGCUGGUUGACCCACGUUGUUCAUAUAGAACCAGGAUUGCAGUCCCGGCCACCAUCGCUGCAAGCAGAUUUUUGCUUUCAUACUCUUCUCAGAUUGUCGGUUUCUCCAUUGCUGUUAUCUUUUUUGCUUUGAUGCGGCAAGCACGUGCGCGAGAGUUUGACCAGCCCAUACCCUCAAUGCUGUCAGCUGUGGAAUCAAAUAUUAGAGUGCCAUUGCCAUUUCUAUUACUUUCCAUUGUACCCAUUAUGAUUGCCUUAUUCCUUUCCUUUCUAAUGUCUCAGCCGUUCCCUCCAUUUGUAAGCUUUAUCACCUUGUCAACCAUUUGCUAUUUAUUUGCAAAUGGGUCUGUAAUCAUUCUGAUUCUGAUUUCCCAUUUUUUCUUCUACGUGGCUUCCAGCAUUCAUAUUUUCAUCAAGAAAAGGUGGAAAAUAUGUGAAGGAAACUUUUGUGUUGCAUGUGUCCGCUGGUUGCUCAAUCUUUCCACUAGUUUAUUAUCAUUUAAGGUGUUAUGGGUCUUAAGGAUCCAUCCAUCACUUGUUAAAGCACUGGCUGCAAUUAUUUUGGUGUGCUUUGUUCAUCCAGCUUUGGGUCUGUUCAUAUUGGCCUUGUCUCAUGCUUUGUGCUGUCACAAUGCACUGUCCAGCGUUGCCCUAACUAAGGAGUUAUCUGAUUCCAAAAGAGAAAGUGAUAAUGGGUCUGACCAAAGUGGAUACAGAUUUGUUGGUGGAUUGAACCCGCACUCCUCUAUGCAUGAGACUUGUUCUAGCAGUCCAGACUCAGCAAAAAGCUUCCGUGAGACUCAAGUAGGGAUCUUCCAUCAUUGGCAUGGUUUACUGAUGUUACAUUUUCUGGCAGCAGUCAUGUUUGUUCCCUCGCUUGUGGCUUGGUUUCAGAGAAAAGUUACGAGUCAAAGUUUUCCAUCGGUCUUGGAUUCAAUUCUUUGUAUUGGUGUCAUCCUCCAUGGUAUCUGUGAUUCAGAACCCGAAUUUAGUUUCUUGUUUCCUUUCCCGGGCAACCUUGGGUGGGAAGCAAGACUGAGCUUCACCUACCUGCUUGCUGGAUAUUAUUCCUAUCUAUCAGGCUUGGCCUUGGUUCCUUACAGAGUAUUUUAUGCCAUGGCUACCACUGGAGUAAUUUCCUUCACUUUCAGGAUCAUACAGAAAAGGAAUAGGGAGAAAGGAGAUGCAAAUUUACGAAGUCAAAAACAUUCUCAUAUACACUAAAAGCUUCUCCUAAACACAGUACAUUCUACACUUAGUUGUAUUUGGAUCAUUGGGUCCUGUUGUAAAAGUCUGUAAUUUACUGAUAACAGCGAGGUAUAUAAUGAAUAUUUCUUCAGAAAAGGUGUAUAUCAAACGCUUAGACCAUCACAAAUCAUUACAAAUGCUAAAUUUGACUACAGUACUUGGCUUUCUCUACUAUUAUGAUAACAGAUGCCGGAGUUGAAGAAGACAUCAGUCGAAGCAUCAUGUGUGUGUCAUUUUUCCCGUGAGUUUGGAAGUUUCUGUCUGUACCUUCCUAGCGUCCUAUAUUGAUCUGAGUUUUGUGUAAAUGACAAUUUUUUUGAGCCGUUGCAAGUAUCUAAUUUGGUGAUUCCUAGAUACCUUAAA